UCACAUACUUAAGAAAUCUAAUGGGAGCUAACCAAACUAUCACUUUGAAGAAAGUCACCAAAGCAAUGCCAAUUACUAGGAAGCAAGAGAUGAACUCUCUGUUCACUGAAAAAGAAAUCAAGCUUCUUUUCUUGAUGUACAAAGACUUAUCUAUCAACUCUUUGCACUCAGGAUUGAUCACUAAGUCAGCAUUUUUGAAAUUCACUGAGUUACCUGGGAUCAUCGGCCAAAGGACUUAUAAGUAUGCCACCACAACACCAAAGGACGGACUUAACUUUGAUCAGUUCAUCAGUCUGAUAGCUAAGUUUACCAAAGCAGAUGCUGAGGAAAUGUAUAAAGCUCUCUUUGAGAUCUUAGAUACAGACAAUGAUGGGUUCUUCGGUCUCGAAGAUCUCAUCACUCUUUUAAGAACAUUCGAAACAUCAGAAAUCAUUCCCGAGUUAUUGAGAGAGUCACCAGGAUUUGAAGACAAGGUACUAAAUAUUCUCAGUGAUGAAGAGGUUGGAUCCAACAAUGGAUCUACUACUUCAAUCGCAACUCUGGAAUCUUCUGGAGAAAUCCCAACCAUAACACUUGAGUCUUUGGCUUACAUUUCAAGCACCAAGAUUACCAGAAUUGCUAUGAAAAUGUUGAAAAAUGGAGGAUUUGAGAAAGAUGCUAAGCUCGGCUUUGUAGAUUUCUCAAAAUUUCUCAAAAGGCAUCCAUGCUUCACCACUGAAUUCCAGAAAGCUAUGAAGAGGCAUUACUGGUCUGGAGAUUCUCAAGAGUCCACUAAGAAGUCUCUUCCUACUCAUUCUGAAGAAAUCUCUGGUGCUAAGACAGGUACUGACUUUUUCUUACAACAAGAUGAAAUCAAUAUUGCUGGUGUACUGAAGAAGAAAGGAGCCAAAUCAGGAAAGACAAAGAGAAGAUAUUACAUUAUCAAAGGAAAUAUGAUGUACUAUUAUCUGAAGAAGGGAGACUCCAUUCCAAGAGGAGUUAUGUACCUUCCAAAUAAACUCAUGAGUCUUUCACCUAAUAAGGGAAAGAACGGAAUUAAAGUAUAUAGUCAAGACUCGACAUCUGAGUACAAAACUUUAUUCGCAUCUUCUGAAGAAGAGUGCGAACAGUGGUACAAAUGUAUGCUUACUGGAGCUAACAAUGAAGAUAUCAACCUUAAGUACAAAAUGAAGGAGACUCUUGGAGUAGGAAAGUUCUCCACUGUCAGAAAGGGGUACCUCAGGAGUGACGAAACUCAAAAAGUAGCAAUUAAAAUUGUGUCUAAGAAAGACAUUACUGAGAAAGAGAAGGAGUACAUCUUGAAUGAAGUAUCUAUACUGAAGUUGAUCAACCAUCCUAACAUUCCUAAGGUUCACGGGAUCUAUGAGACCAAUGAGAAGAUUUUUAUUGCCAUGGAUCUCAUUAAAGAUGGAGAACUAUUUGAAUAUCUAAUUGAAUCUAGAAGACUUCCUACUGAAGAAGCAAACAAGGCCGUAUCUCAGCUGCUGAAAGUCAUGAAGUACUUGAAAGAGCUAAAGAUCAUGCAUAGAGAUAUUAAGACAGAGAACAUGAUGGUCAAUCUCGGAAAAGGAGGAAAACUUAAGAAGGUUUAUUUAAUAGACUUCGGAUUAGCCAAAUUUAUGGAUUCAUCUGUCGAAGUGACUCAAAAACUUGGGACAAUGGGAUAUUGUGCUCCAGAGGUUAUCUUAAAAGAGAAGUAUGGCGAAUCUGUUGACAUGUGGUCUGCAGGAAUAGUCUACUACCUUCUUUUAGCUGGGAAGUUACCAUUUGAUGGAAAAACUAACGAGUCAAUAUCAGACAGAACAGUGAACUCUCCUCUAUCUCUGGAGGACAAAGUGUUUAAAGAAUUAGACCUUAAAAUCCACCAAUUUCUGGAGUCAUCACUAAUCAAAGAUCCUAAAGAGAGACUCACUGUUGAGGACGGACUAGCACUAGUCUCUACUUUUUAAGAUGAUUGAUCAUCUUAAUUAAAACACGAUUUCUCGGUUACU